AUGUCACAUGCCAACUUGACAACAUGCAAUGCAAAUAAGAGUAGUUUGCAUGCGCAAUAUUCAUCGUGGUUGUGCACACCAGAGUUGAACUACUUUCUGCAAACAAUUCAUGAUUCGUCUAUUCCAAACUAUUCCAAUAACUUGACACAUGCAUGCUCGAAUCGAUCUUAUUCAGAGGGUAUCAUUAUGGAUGAAGCAUAUAUUGAUACUCUCAUUGAUCUUGAGCUGAGGAAUGUUCAAUCUUCAUUAGGAUUGGUUUGGAGUAAACUUUCCAAUACAUCAAACGAUUUCACAUUCGAAACAACAUGUAACUCUGAGAAUCUAACAACAACCAAUAUCAUGAUCAACAACAACUCCACAUGCCACAAAUAUUCCAACAAGAACAAUUCUAAUACAAAGAAAGAAAAACAAGAGAAGAAACAUCAACCACUUUCGAAUAAUUCCAAACUGACAAAUAACAUGUCUUUCCAUCAGCCAGAAUCUAUAACCUUACUUGAUAACAAUAAGAAAAUCUCAAAACAAAGGACGCCAAAUUAUCGUGUCAGAUUUUCACAUAACAAAUUUGAAGAAAUUAGUUUUAAAAAAUCAAAUCCAAAAGCGAAAUAUAUAAUUUUCAAAUAA